UUCGGAGACGGAGACCAUUUUUCGAAAACCUGGUAGAAAUAUGACAUUCGGUAAUAUUACUGACCUCUGAGUUGAAAUUCUUGAUCUUAUGAUCUUGUAAACAAAGAGUGUUUACGUUUUCAUGCCGCUCAGUCGCGAUAUUUGGUGAUGGAUUCUGAUAUUUCUACAAGCGAUAAGAAAGUUCUGCAGAUCGUGUUCAAUCCGAAUUUACCAGUUGGUAAUUUAGAAGACAUUGAAGAACCAGUGGAUGACGAAUCCAGUUUUGACCCAGAAAAACUGGCAACAGUGAAAAAUUUAGAAUUAAAGGGAAUAAAACACGCAGAAGCGAAUCGUUUGGAAGACGCUUUAGAAUGUAUGAAUCAAGCUAUAGAAAUUCUGCCAGACUAUCCAGCCUCUUACAAUAACAGAGCUCAAGCUAGACGAAUUAAGGGAUUGAAUCAAGAAGCAUACGAUGAUCUCGAAAAAGCGAUCACACUAUCAAAGGGCAAAGGUCGUACUGCAUCACUUGCAUUUACACAACGAGCAUUACUUCGUAAACUAGAUGGCAAUGAAGAAGGAUCAUUGGAAGAUUUCAAACUCGCGGCCCAACUUGGAAACCAAUUUGCAAAGCAGCAAGUUGUGAAUGCGAAUCCAUAUGCCGCACUGUGCAACAAAAUGUUGAGCGAAGCCAUGGAAAAGCUUAGUGGAAAUUGCACGAAGGAGUAGUGUUUCAGAGGUUAUGAAAUCAUAAUAGUAUUGGGGUCUGGGGAUAUUCUAAAAGUCUAGUGAAUUUACUUUUUUUUUGCAUUUUUGCGGAACUUCAUAGUUAUCCAUAUUUUUUUUCAUUUAUUACCCUACUUGGAGAUCAUAUAUAUUGAAAAUGGCAACGAAUUCAAAUCAAAUACCGGU